GAUUUGCGUCGAACGGAAGUCGAUCUCGGAUCUGAUCGGUUCACUGAACUCUGGCCGGUUGUACAAUCAGUGCAUACAGAUGACGCGCUACUACGCCAAACCGAUCCUGUUGAUCGAGUUCGAUCAGAACAAACCGUUCCACUUCCAACGCUACUUUAUGGUUUCCGGAGGAGGCUCUUCAAACACCGGUGGUGGUGGUGGUACUUCACAGAACGAGGAUAUUAUGGCGAAGCUGCAGUUGCUGACGAUUCACUUUCCGAAGCUACGGCUCGUCUGGUCACCGAGCCCGUAUGCGACGGCCCAACUGUUUGAGGAACUGAAACAGGGCAAAUCGGAACCGGAUUCGGCCGUCGCGGUCAAAAUUGGCUGCGAUGAGGUGUCCACGGAUGAGAUCGAGUCGAGCGGAACGACCGAUGGAGCGUUGCUGGCCAACAGCGCCGAUGUGCAGGAGUUUCUCAUUAAGCUGCCCGGUAUUACGUCGCGGAACAUUGGUCGGGUGAUGCGGCGGUGCCGCAGCAUUCGCGAGCUGGCUCAAAAAUCGCAAACGGAGCUGGAGGAGCUGCUGGGUGGGGAGGCACUGGCGAAGCAGCUGUGGGAGAUACUGCACCUGGCGCACAAACCGACGCUACCGGAAUCGAGUGGUAAGGCACACUGGGCAGCGAAGGCAAAGUCACGCGGAGGCCGUGGCAGAUGUGAUACUAAUAAGUGAGGUUAGGCUAGGUUUGUUAGCUAAUUUAAAGAGCAUUUUUCAAGGAAAACAGGCCUAUCCCCAGUAGUGUAGGAAAGAAAUGUCCUGGCCAGGAAGGAUGCAAAUUCUGAAAUGGAAUAUUAUUGUCCAAAUGUUGAUUUGAAACCGAAAACCGAGAAAACAAUAAUUGCAAUCACAUUGCCUUAUGCACAGGGUUGUUAAGUGUGGUAACUAUACGGCUUAUUUUUUAAUCGCAGUAACGUUGGCGCAUAAUUGUUCCUAAGUAGGCCUCGACACACGCCACCAUUCAGCAGACGCUGGACGGCAUUAUCGAUUCUCGGGCUGCCAAGACAGAAAACAUCCUUUGCCCUCUUCCCUUACAAUCUGCGCCAAGCCAGCGGCUCAUUCGGUUUUGCAAAAAUAACGCCAACGAAAGGACCGGAAAUGGGAAAAUUGAACCAAAUUGCCACGCUCCACGCGUUAGGCACCCUCCUCAGUUGUUGCGGGUAUGUUUCCGCUGAAAUGAGGUUGCAUCGCUUCCGUCAGGGGCUUCUGGGGCUCCCCCCGGUGGGUGGGUGGGAUGCUCAGAUUAAUUUUCACACCCGGUGGUCUCUGGUGGCAUUAUCAUAGCGCCCUCGUCACCCCUCCGGGUUUCCUGUUGUAUCUGCUACCGCACGCGCGUGUGCGAUGAAAGAUUCCUCCACGACAGGCAGGCCGGGACGCGGACCAAAGGGACCGAAAGGACGUCCUGGUUGCGCGCGCCAUCCCAUGGGCUGUUGGCUGCAGCGAAUGGAAUAAUUUGUUUAUCCAAAAACAAUUCACAUAUGAUUAUCGAAGGAAAAGAGAGCAUAACCCGCCGGUACACGUGCCUCGAAGGUCUUCGCUGAGAGACGUGUAUAAAAGCAGAAUGGGGGGAGAGAGAGCAUAAAAAUUUGAUUAUUUACAUUUAUAUUCCUAUUUUCGAGGUGGAGGGUGAGAGAAAGAGCAUCCUUGCCGGCAUCGGCAUAGCAUUAUCUUCCUGUUUUCUAUCAUGGCGGUCCUUCGCUGACUUUCACUGUCACGAGCUUUAGUCAACCAUUGGGUUAGUCCUGGUGUGUACGGUGGGGACGGGUUGGUGGUCAUACUGCGUGGAAGACCGCACGCAUAACGCACAUCGUCACUGGUGGACGCAACAUAGCAGCAGCUCUGCAGGGAGUCGCCGUUGCCGUUGCGACGGCGGAAGCGUGAUAGAUGAGCAUCGAUGCGUGCCAUGGGGGCGGCGGACAUACAAAGAAAAAUCAGUUCAACCGUGCCCCGGAUGUGCGGGAGACAUGCUGCCCCCAU